UGCGGUAUUCGCACAGUAUUGUAACAACCUCGCUGUGGCACGAACGUUGCUGUACUAUCCUCAUUGUAAUUGCUUUUUCAUUGUAAUUAAUAAACAAAAUACUCGUUCAAGAUGGGGUGUGGUGAGUUCUUGGUCAAGUACAUCUUGUUCUUCGCGAACUUAGUGUUUGCGUUGGCUGGUUUGACGCUCCUCGGGCUGGGCAUAGCGGUGCAGCUGCAGUCCACAGACAUCGUGCAGAUAGCAGACUACAACAUACAAAUAGCUCCCAUCACGUCCAUGAUAGUGGGAGGCAUCGUCUUCUUCAUCGCCUUCUUCGGAUGCUGCGGAGCCAUCAGGGAGAGCAACUGCAUGCUGGUUACUUACUCCAUCUUUAUGCUGCUGCUGAUGAUCAUCAAACUGACGCUGGCUAUCUUGAUCUUCGUGAAGUUGGACGACGUCGUGUCCAAGGUCCCCUUGUGGCUCAAUGAGGCCUUCAAACAGGACCAAGUUUCCUUCCAGGCUAUUGAAAAAACAUUCACUUGCUGUGGUCCUGAUGGUUACUCCUCAUAUGUCGGCCGCGACCUGUCCCCCACCUGCUGUGCGACCCCUCCCUGCACCUCCCUCACUGCCUACGGCGGCUGCAACACGCAUGUGCAACAGUUCUUCCAAACCUUCGGCCUCGCUAUCGGAAGCGUCAUGAUAGUCAUCGUCUCCUUAGAGUUGGUGGCUGCAGUGUUCGGGCUGUGUCUGGCCAACACGGUCCGCAACAAGAGCAGGAGAGCUCGCUACUAAGUACUAAGUUAUAGUCUAAGCACUAUGUGUAUCUAGUUCGUAAGUUUAUACCUAGUUGUACUCUACUUUACUAUAUUAAACUUAAAAGCUAAAUGACA